AUUAUUAUUAUAUAUUCAUUUCUUGUGCAAUGCCUAAAAAUCUUGUUCAAUCUGCUUCUGUUCUUCUUGUACGCCCUGGAUCUAACAGUUCUUCUGGCUAGCCUAACCAAUGAAGCUUUAGAGUUCUUGCCUUAGAGAGUAUAUUAUUUCUACCUUGAAAAUAUCCCUGGAUUGUGCUUAUUUUGUUCCUGAGGGAAUGUCCCCUUCUUUGAGCCUAAUUCCUUUCUUGACUCCUGAAACAGCCUGAAAUAGAGCUGCUUUUUGUGGUCCUUCCUCAGGUUACUUUCGAAGAGAAUAUUUAGGAGAUCUUUAGCGUCUGACUGGAACUGGACAAGGUUACACUACUGGUAGUUUCUUUUAGUUUGUUCGGAUCGAGCAAAAUAGGUUGGAUAUUCAAGUUUUUAGGUAGAACUUUUAAAGCAAUGAUAUAAAGUUCAGAGUAUAUGGUACCAAUCUGAGAUAUUUUAAUCAUCCUACUAUGAGGCAUAACGAAAGUUAAUCUGUAUCUGACCAUUUGUAAUCAGGAUACAAGCAUCAGCUCACAAUGCAUGAAGGUAAUAUCAAUGUUAUAUUCCUUGAUGGUUAAUGAAGAGAUUAGAUUAACUAAAAAGUUAACUUUGCCUAUAUUACAAAUGGAGUAAAAUAUAUUCUCCCGAUUUUUUUAUGGAGAGAAUUUUGAAAAUAGCAGAUGGAAGAUUAGUAUUAUUGGGAGAUGACUUGCUUCUGAGGUCUAAGUAUGCCUCUUUGAAUCUAUUCAGAUCAGGUAGAAGACCAUUCCACACAUUGCAGAAGUUGUGCUGAUCUUUGGACUCAGGAAUUUGACUAGCAUUGUGUUAAACUAAAUGUAAGUGAGGUGGUAGUCAAAAGUAGUUUUGAAGUUGGAUGAAAGUUCAAGAGUAAGUCACUAAAUCAAGUGAGUGUUUAUGAUAAAGCCCUAUAUAGCUUUGAAUAACCUUAAUGCAUCAAAUUUAUUGAACUUAGUAUUCUGGACAACUCUUCAGGGUACUUAUCUUAGCUAGGACACUCAUAAAUGGGCUUCAGUUGUGGAAUCUACUCUCAGUGCUCUUCUAGUAGGUAAUGAUCAUGUAAACUGAACAAAUGAAAAUAUCUUGCUUGAGUGGGUUAGCAGCAGUGUUCUUAAUCAUACAUGUGAUAUCCUCCCAUUUUGAAGAAGUUCGGCAUUUUG